CGGCCGUCGGGCCGGGGUGACGGCUGCGGGGUCGGAGCGGCGGGGCUGUGCGAAGCGCCAUGCGGUGCCUGAGGGCGCAGCCCCGGCGGAGCCUGUCGCGGGAGGAAGCCCUGCAGCGGCAGAGCCUGGAGGUGGCGGCGCUCAACAGCCGGAGGCUGGGCCUGCAGGACGAUCAAGACCUCAAGUUCCUCCUCAAGGGAACCCAGCUGCAGAAGGUCAAGUCGGGCUCCUGGAGGAAAGACAGGUUCUACAAGCUGCAAGAGGAUUGUAAGACCAUCUGGCAGGAGUCCAAGAAGAUGAUGAGGUCCCCAGAGACUCAGUUCUUCUCGGUUGAGGACAUCCAGGAGGUGCGGUCGGGCCACCGCACCGAAGGCAUGGAGAGGUUCGCACGGGACACGCCGGAGCCACGCUGCUUCUCCAUCAUCUUUAAGGGGCAGCGCAGCAACCUGGACCUCAUCGCAGCCAGCGACCAGGUCGCAGGCCACUGGGUCAACGGCCUGGCCAAGAUCAUCGACUGCUGUGCCGCCAUGGACCAGAAGCAGAAACUGCAGCAUUGGAUCCACUCUUGUCUGAGGAAAGCUGACAAGAACAAAGACAAUAAGAUGAGUUUCAAAGAGGUCAAGAACUUUCUGAAGGAGAUUAACGUGCAGGUGGAUGACAGCUAUGCAAGGUGGAUCUUUAAGGAGUGCGACAAGUCCAACACAGACUCCCUGGAGGAUAACGAGAUAGAGGAGUUUUACAAGAUGCUGACCAAGCGACCAGAAAUCGAUGAAAUCUUCCAGUCCAUCGCGGGCUCUGCCGACACUCUGUCAGUGGACCGGUUGGUGCAGUUCCUGAGGCUGGAGCAGAAGGAGGACGCAGACCCUAAGAUGGCUCACUCUCUCAUCGAGCGAUAUGAGCCCAGCGAGACAGCCAAGGAGGCGAAGGAAAUGACAAAGGACGGGUUCCUCAUGUACCUGCUCUCCGCGGACGGCAACGUCUUCAACCUGGCCCACAAGAAAGUGUACCAAGACAUGACCCAGCCUCUCUGCCACUACCUGGUGUCAUCCUCGCACAACACCUACCUCAUGGAAGACCAGCUGACCGGGCCCAGCAGCACCGAGGCCUACAUCCGGGCUCUGUCCCGGGGCUGCCGCUGCGUGGAGCUGGACUGCUGGGACGGCUCCGGCAACGAACCUGUCAUCUACCACGGCUACACAUUCACCUCCAAGAUCCUCUUCUGCGAUGCCAUCCAGGCCAUCAAGAACUAUGCCUUCAAGGCUUCCCCGUAUCCGGUGAUCCUGUCCCUGGAGAAUCACUGCAGCCUGGAGCAGCAGCGAGUCUUGGCCCGGCACAUGGAGAGAAUCUUGGGGGAUCUUCUGGUGGUGGCGCCAGUCGACGGGAUGGUCAACAACUUUCCAUCUCCCGAGCAGCUGAAGGGGAAGAUCCUGCUGAAAGGGAAGAAGCUGAAUGGUUUGCUGGACGGCCCCGAGGCCGCGGGCACCGAUGCCGCCUACGUCUCAGACGAGGACGAAGCUGCUGAGAUGGAAGACGAAUCUGUGAAGAGCAAAUUGAAAGAGAAGAACUCGAAGGAAUCGCUAAAGCUGGCCAAGGAGCUGUCGGAUCUGGUCACCUACUGCAAGAGCGUCCACUUCGAGGGUUUCGAAGGGUCCGCGCGGGACCGGCCCUUCUACGAGAUGUCGUCGCUCUCGGAGAACAAGGCCCUGCGGCUGGUGCACGAAGAAGGGACCAGUUUCAUCCGCCACAACGCCAAGUAUCUGAGUAGAAUCUACCCGGCCGGCCGGCGGACCGACUCUUCCAACUAUUGCCCCGUCGGCCUGUGGAACGUCGGCUGUCAGAUUGUGGCUCUGAAUUUCCAGACUCCGGGCUCAGAGAUGGAUGUGUACCAGGGCCGGUUUCAAGACAAUGGAUUCUCCGGCUACGUCCUCAAGCCGGCCUUCCUGCGAGACCCCGCGUCCCGCUUCGACCCCAGAGACCCCAGCAUGGAGGGCCCCUGGUGGGCUCCCAAGAAGCUUUCCAUCCUGGUGAUCUCGGGACAGCAGCUGCCUAAGGUGAACAAGAGCAAAAACUCCAUUGUGGACCCGAAGGUGACGGUGGAGGUGCUCGGGACGCCCAAGGACAGCACCAGCCAGCAGACCCCCAUGGUGGGGAACAACGGCUUCAAUCCCCAAUGGAACUGGGACCUCCAGUUCAACGUGACAGUCCCCGAGCUCGCCCUGGUUCGUUUCGUGGUGGAUGACUACGACAUCUCGUCCAAGAAUGACUUUGUGGGCCAGUGCACUGUCCCCUUCACCAGCCUCAAAAUGGGCUACCGCCACAUCCACCUGCUGUCCAAGAACGGAGACCAGUACCCAUCUGCCACCCUCUUCGUGAAGAUCCAGAUCCAGGACAACUAGGCGUGGCCAGGAGAGGGGGGUGAGGGAGGCUGAGUUCUCCAUCCCCUCCCUUUGCUCCAACCUCUCCCCAUGUCAGACUGGCAUCCAGGACUGCAGAAAAAGUGCCAAGAACUUCUCCAUCUGCCCCCCUCCCCUCCCCCCUCCCCCCGCCUCUCUGCUGACCUACAGGCCGCAGACCUACUGGCCAGAGCAUCAGGAAGGGGGAACUUUCCAGAAAUGAAACGUCCAUCAGGGCUAUGGCUGAGGCAUGGUGGGACGGUCUCUGGGCACACAUGUCCCUGAUAGGAUGAACUGGGGGAAGCCCAUGCUGGGGCAAGACCAGGCCCCAGACAGGCUUCAGCCAAUGGGCGUGGGAUCCUGAAUCGAAUGACUGAGGGGAGGGGUAAACCCAAGCCCACCAACAUGCUGCCCUUCCACCCAGCCUCUAAAAUACAACAUUCCUGCUGCCCCUGCUCCUCCA